AUCUGGCGCCCUGGGUUUCCUCAGGGCAUUCCUCGCAGCUCAGGCUCCCGCUUAGUUGAUCACGGAGCGACAGCUGUGACUCCGGCUCGGGCAGCAUGUCUGAGAAGCGGCGCUCAGUGGACACCGAAGCCCAGCGACUCCCCAAUACCUUCAAGGAGAGCCCCAAUACAAGCCUUGGACCUUGUGGAUGGAUUUUGGUGUGUUUCUCAUUCUUGUUCACAGUUAUAACGUUCCCGUUAUCAAUAUGGAUGUGCAUAAAGAUAAUAAAAGAAUAUGAAAGAGCUAUCAUCUUUAGAUUGGGUCGCAUUUUACAAGGAGGAGCCAAAGGACCUGGUUUGUUUUUUGUUCUGCCGUGCACUGACAGCUUCAUCAAAGUGGACAUGAGAACUGUUUCAUUUGAUAUUCCUCCACAGGAGAUCCUCACUAAGGAUUCAGUGACAGUUAGCGUGGAUGGCGUGGUCUAUUACCGCGUUCAGAAUGCAACCUUGGCUGUGGCGAAUAUCACCAACGCUGAUUCAGCAACCCGGCUUUUGGCCCAAACUACUCUGAGGAACGUCCUGGGCACCAAGAACCUUUCUCAGAUCCUCUCCGACAGAGAAGAAAUUGCACACAACAUGCAGACUACCCUGGAUGAUGCCACUGAUGCCUGGGGAAUCAAAGUGGAGCGCGUGGAGAUUAAGGACGUGAAACUCCCCGUACAGCUCCAGAGGGCAAUGGCUGCUGAAGCAGAGGCAUCCCGGGAGGCCCGAGCCAAGGUCAUUGCAGCUGAGGGAGAAAUGAAUGCAUCCAGGGCUCUGAAAGAAGCCUCCAUGGUCAUCACUGAAUCUCCUGCGGCCCUUCAGCUCCGGUACCUUCAGACACUGACCACCAUUGCUGCUGAGAAAAACUCAACGAUUAUCUUCCCUCUGCCCAUAGAUAUGUUGCAAGGCAUUGUGGGGGCAAAACAGUGAGGCAUCUAGGCCAACACAGAGAUGAGCUCUUCCCUUCCAAGGAUGAAAUGGGGGACCAAAUCAGCCUUUAAUCCAUAAGGAAAGAGUAGGAUGGGAACCUUGACUAUUCUCCCUCCCUUUCCUUUUCCGUAUGUUGAGUGUGAUGUUCUUUUAGACUCUAUAGUGAUCCUAGCAACAGAUGAAGAUUCUUAGCUUGUAAAUAUUGUGUGUGUGUGUGUGUGACAGAUUUAUAUAAGAUAAUCUCUUACUCUUUAAAUAUUUCAAAGUUUGUAUUUUUUAGAUCAUUAUGCAAUAGGUUAGUUAAAUCCUUUUUUUUUUUUUUUUUUUGACUUUCCUUGAGUCAUUCUCACCCUUCCGUCAGGAGCCAGGCCAAAGGCAAAAAAAAAUAGACUCUAACCACCACCACCUGACACCCCGGCUGAACAAAUGCUUUACAGAAAACAGGGACCUUAGGCUACCACCAGCUUCCCUGGGCCAUAUGUGCCUUACUUCCGGGGAUCUUACUUAAGGAAAAUUUCCUAACGUCCGUUUACUUUCUAAAUCUAAACCAUAUUUCAAAAUAAUCCUCACUUGAGACGAGGCAUUUUCUUGCUAGAACCUUUCAGCACUGGAGGAAGUAGUCAACUUCAAUCAAAAUGAUUACCUUAACCUUUGAAAGACUUUUAAAUCCCUUAUAAGGACUUUCAUAAGGUCCAUAUAAAAUCAUGUGGGUGGGUUGUUUUUUAACUUCUUUGAGCCUCUUUAUGAGUAAAUGAUUCUUCUGUGGUCAGUCUUUCAAACUAAUUACCUGUCAUAAAAGUGCUUUUUUCUCAUUUUUGCUUAUUUUUAUAUAUCAGGUUCUAGUUUUGAUUUUUUUAAAUAAAAUUUUCUCUGAGUUUUGGAAACAUUUGUUUGUAUACCCAUUUGAAAAACACAAGGACUAAUAUUUUUUAAGACUAUCUUCAGAAAACCAUUAUAUUUUACUGUCUGUGUGCUAUUAACUACUGAACACUGUGAAAUAUCUCAGUUACUGACCCCAUUUAUUAAGCAGUAUAAAGAAUUCACAAUAUAUUGGGCAUAUAAUAUCCAAUGAGCUUGGGCGGAUGCCAUUAAACCUAGGAUAUCUACAUAGAUGGAGAUAUUUUUUAUUUGCCUAGUCAUCCUUUGUCUACCACAUAUAUUGAUGCUGAAAGAGCAAGUAGUCGGCCCCCCUGAACCAUAGUUGCUUAAUCUGUAAUAUUAGGAAGCACCUUCCGUUUCACGAAUGCCUUGCAUCAUUCUUAUUGGUCUGGCAAGCUGGCUCAUGACAUUUGAAUUGCUUCCUCUUUGAGGCUCUGAGUUCACUUAGCGAAGUCGAAGAAUAGCUGCUUCCUUACCCAGAGCCAACCUUCCUAUCUGUCCUUGGCCGGAUCCCUGUUAAUCCCCACCUACAAGUGUCCCCUCUCCUUUACUCCAUUUCUAAGCUUGUUUUAGAAAACCUUGAACCACCAUGUGUCUUGGUUCCUGGCUGAGUUUAUUAGAUGAGUAUGGAGCAUUCUGACUUGGACUCAAGUUGCAUUUAUAUUCUGAAUUUAAAAAUAAUGAUUUUAUCUCUUUUGUGAGGUGGCUCAGUCUUGACCACCGAGGACCAGGAAACAACCACAUAUCCUGGCUGAAAAUCUCUUCUAGACUUAGGAGAAUAACAAUGCUUUCUGUGCCUUGCAUUUCUCUGUCUCCAGAUACCAAAUGGUCUCUGCUUUUCUGCCACUUGGAUUCAUAGCCCCAUGGUCUGGAAUCAAAUCGCCAGGGAGGGAGAGAGGGAGCUGAGAAGCUCUAGGAUGAGAGUGUGGGUGCAGGGGUUUCUUCCAAGUGGCCUCCCUCUCCAAUGAUGUACAUGAUAAAGAGUGCACUUUUACUAAC